AUGAUACAGCUGAGCAUCUCAACGCCUGACAAGAGAAAGGUACUAUUGGAGUGCCAGGCAUCGAUGACUUUUGCAGAGGUGAAGCGACAAGUCGAGGCAGAGACAGCCGUUCCGCCUGACAAGCCGAAGCCCGAGCGAGAUUGCAUUUCCGAGCUGUGUUUUCAUAUUCGCACGACCAAAUGUAACUCUUGUGUUCAUUUCCCCUUUGUCGCACAUGUUCCACUGCCAUGGGCUCCAUGUGCGGGCGCAGGUUCGCCGCUGAGUUGGAAACCUUGGUGCCGAAAGUCAGAUGUUUGUUUCUCUUCUUUGUGCUUCCAGGCGGUAGAUGCCGUUACAGUAUUCAUCGCGCGGACUUGUACUAGCCAUAAUUCGUCACGGCACAAUUUUCACGAUUUACGUCAGAGUUGUAUUAAGCUUCUUGAGCUCUUGUUCUGUGAAGGGAAGGCUGCAUGA